UGGAGAAUAUGGAGAGUAAGAGGACUGAGGGGGGGGUGUUUGUUUUGCGUACCAGUCAGUGCAGUGUGUGAAAUGUGAACUGAGGAGAGUGAGAGUGUGUGUGUGUGUGUGUGUGUGUAGGGGAGGAUCCUUCCUCUCUUAAAGCCGGUCAGAAACAGAGAGAUCAGCAGAGCGGAGAGUGAGAGGCACUGAGGAGGGAACACACACACACACACACUCCUACUGACUCUUAAACACACACACACACACACACACAUACACACACACACAAACACACACUGAUACAGACAAAGACAAGUGGCCUAUUGUACACACACACACACACGCACACACACAUACACACACACACACACACACAUACACACACACAGUUACACUCACACUUUGCGGGACUCUGGAUUGACCACUGGAGGAUACAUCUGUAAGGACUCUGUUUCCCAUCAUGCACCAGCGGAGCCUCUUAGAGCUCCAGGGGGUCUGCACCCUGCAGGGGGUCUCGACCCGAAGGACUACCCAGGACCGAGGCCGGUGGGGCUCCAGGUUGAGGAGGGGGGCCGGGCGCCGCUACCUCCGCCCGCCCCGGGGAGCUCCUGUGUGGGCAUGGCUCCUGCUGGGGGCCCUGGUGGUCCCCGGAGCCUGGAGCUUUCUGAGCGAGGAGCAGGAGGAGCUGCUGGUGGAGCUGCACAACCACUACAGAGGACAGGUUUCUCCCAGCGCCUCCGCCAUGCUGCCGCUGAGAUGGGACCCGGGCCUGAAGGUGAUCGCGGAGGGCUACGCAGCUAAAUGCACCUGGAGCCACAAUCCAGAACUGGAGGAUACCGGAGAGAAUCUGUUCGCCGGCACCGGGUCCCUGGACCUGCGAGAGGCCCUGGAGAAAUGGUUUCUGGAACAUCUGGACUACAACUUCCAAAACAACAGCUGUGAAGAAGACAAGAUGUGUGGACACUACACACAGAUGGUGUGGGCAGACACACACAGAGUCGGCUGUGCCUUCCAUCUCUGUAACGACAUGAAGGGUUUGGGCUGGGAGAGAGUCUCCUACCUCGUCUGCAACUACUACCCUGCAGGGAACUACGAAGGCGAGAGGCCGUACGUAGAAGGUGACUGGUGCUCCCAGUGUCCCGAAAACCUGCAGGAAUGUGAAAACAACCUCUGCGUUGCUGACACGGUGGAUGAGGAGGAAGAGGAGGAGGAGGAGGAUGAAGACGAGGAGGAAAGAGUUGUUCUUCUUCCAACAAUAUCCGAUCUCUCCCCCCAGCCUGAAGAGGAGGAAGAGGAGGAAAAGGUUACUCCUCCUCCUGCAACUACUGACUCUUAUGUCCAGCCUGAGACCACCACCUCGUCCUCCUCCUCUGCAGAGGACUCUGAGGACACCCAACCUCCAGACACACCUGCCCCGGACACCCAGCCUCCAGGGGUCCCUCCAACGGCACAGGGAGAGGAGGAUGUGGUUGAAGAAAAGAUGGAGGAGAAAGAGGAGAAGGAGACAAAGGAGGAGAGGGAGGAGCGGGAGGAGAAGAUGAAGGAGGAGGAGGAGGAGAAGAGAAAGGAAACAACAGAUAAGAUGGAGGGAAAGGGCGGGAGAGAGACGUAACACGAGAAAUAUUCCUGAUCAAGAAAGACCAGACUGCCAGCGCUGCUUCAGUGUCCUCUCCCGCCCGUCCUGUUAGCCUGUCUGACUGCCGUCCUCACUCUGAGGCUGUGAGGAGGACGAGGAGGACGAGGAGGAGACACCUCACCUCACCGUCCUGCGUUGACUGCACAUCACCUUGAUAACCGGCCCCGUGGUAACACCCCCCCCCCCCCCCCCCCCCCCGCGAAAUAUAGGUCAAUUAAUGAUUCAGACUCAUCAAAAACAGCUGCCACGUUCUCAACAUCUGCACGGCGUCUCAACCCACAUCUGGGUCACAUAACGUGUGCAUAACC